CUGCCACGCGUUGCAAGAGGCGUUUUUAUUUUUCGAGCAACACAAGAAACAGCUUGUGCGGAAGGGCAGCGGUGCUGCUCCGACCGCAGAAAGAAAUGAGCUACAACGCUCCGUCCCGGAGGCCCAGCAUCGGCUGCUGUUGCGUCCGCUGUUGCAGCAAGCCACGACGGGUGCUGCUGGUGGUACUAUGACCUCCCCAGCGAUGUGGUCCGCCGGGGCGGGGGCGACUCCAGAAGAAGAUCCUCGACGUCCUGGUGACGAGGUAUUGUCAUCUGUCACCUCGCCUUUUGGGUCCAAAAUUUACGACGGCGAAAAAGCACCAGCUGUAGGAGAUGAACCAGAACUGCAAGAAAGAGAGGGAACUACAAAUGAUAAAAUUGUGACGUACCAGAAAUCGGACCUGUACAAAUUUCUCAAGCACGAGUGUUACGCCAAUGCUGUGGAUUUGACCGAACCGCACGGCUAUUUGAUGAUUCGGGGCCGGGAGCAGGAAGACGAGCUCGAUUACGACUUUGUGCCGGGCUUCGACAAUAUUUGGAAUGCGGUCUUGAAAAAAAACCCGAGCGUGGUAAAGAAGAUGCAGCAUCUUCACUCGAGCAGAAGUAGUAGAGCACCAUUCUCAGCAUCAAACUGGUACGCGUUUUGGGGAGAAAGGGUAAACGAGUACAAGGCUAAGGCGGAGGAGGAAGCGAUUGCCGCGCCAGCAGCGGCAGCAGGUUUCGGCGGUAGAAUAAAUCCCGAUCAACCAGUACACGAGAGCAGAACAAGCCGCGAGGUCCUUUUGUACCGAGGCCAAGAUAUGGACUUGCAAAUCGCUAUGGAUGUGUCAGAGUUGAAAUCGACAAAGUUGAAAUAAUGUGUCAUGCAUAAAAUUGAUGCCAGUUGGAACCCAGUUUCUAAGUGGCGCAUGACAAAUUUCGGUGGUCCCUAAAUCCAGUUUGUCAUGCUGUUUAGGCAAAAAAGAGAAAAGAGUGAUUUUCUCAUGCUACUUCAGCAGCUCGAGCUGUAACCCCAAACAGGCUUACAAUCGGCCUCACUGGCCUGCUCUGCAACACACGUGCCUCGGGUCAUGCAUUUUAUGCAUUACAGAUUAUUUCAACUUUGACGAUUUCAAACCUGACGCUUCCAUAAUCGCCCGGGAAGCGCUCGUGGAAACAAGAAAUGGCGGCCUGUUCAGUGAUAUCCUGUGUAAAAGUAUCGUACUCGUAUUGCAAUCAUGCAUUGCAAAUCUCUUUCUCAAGGUACAUCAGCAUUACAAGUUUUAUUUCUAAUGCUGAGGAAAUUUGUGAUGCAUUUAUACGAGUGCGAUACUUGUUUUGCAGUUCAUAAGUGAGUUCUUCGGCGCGGCAGACGUUCAGUACUAUGCCCGAAAGCUCCGUGGCCCGGCGGACGGCAUCGGCGCAUGGCUGGCUUUUCCGGACGACGUCGAGGCUGUAGAAACUACACUUGCCAAGCCGGACGAGACGUAUGAAUUGCAAAAGUAUCGUACUCGUAUAAAUGCAUUACAAAUUUCCUUAGAAUGAGAAAUAAAAUUUGCAAUGCGGAUUUACCUUAAGAAAAAUAUUUGUUAUGCAUGACUGCAAUUACUACGAGUACGAAUACGAUACUUUUGCACAGGAUAAGACGGGACGCCAUGUGCUUGUGGCCGAUGUGCAGCUGGUCUCGGAAUAUCAAAUGUAAAAAUGUCUGGGUCUGGAAGAUUGCAACUUGUGAUGCUGUCUCUGCAUUCUAAAAGAAUCUGUAUUGCAUGAUCAGCAAGAGGGGUCCAGUUUGUGCUACAUGGGGAGGGCAUUUCUCAUGCGGGAUAGGCAUCAGAAAGCCCGCUAGAAAUAUGUGAUGCCAGGUUAUCCAUUACGGGCGUCAUGGGUCAUGUAAAAUCUGCAUGACAAGUCUGGCACUCUCCCAGACCCAGACACUUUUGCAUUUGAUACGGAAUUCGGGAAAAAGAACGACCUCUUGUUCUCCACUGGCGCCCCCGAGGGUCCUCGUGGAGCAACAGCAUCAUCAAGAAAGGACGCACUGCUUAGUCAGUACCAACUGCAGCAUCUGGAAACGUUUCGGAACAAUCUAGUACCACGACCAGUGCAAGAAAAAGAAUCUUCUGCGAAAAGAAAAAGUAAUCCUCCUUGCGCCGCUCCUUCCUCUUUUUCGGCAUCGGGAUCGCGGCGGUCAGGCUCCGACAGCCCAGCAAAGAUGAAACCCCUCGGCGUGGAUUUCGGGGUGCCGCAGCUGUUGUUCAGCUCCGAGACUGGGUUCUUCGGGGAAGCCGCCGUGCACCCGAGUGACGCCUACUGGUUGGCUUCCCACUACAGCUUGGCGGCGGGCCCGCAAUUCGGCGGCGGAGAAGCGAAAACGUUCGAGGAGAGGUACGAUCAGAAGCUGAAGGUCGUGGCGAGAUCCCUGGAACAGGUGUUCGGAAUCAAAUUCGUGAAAACUUGUACAACUUCCGCUUCGCGCUGGGACUUGACCACCUCGGGGUUGCUUUUUUCCAAGCCCUUCCUGCGCUCCGAAGACCUCAUUCCGCGGGAUUUGCGCCAUCCAAGUGAGCAGGCAAAGUUCCGUGCUCGGAAGAAGGGAGUCAAACUCGCUUUGUCCUCGCUAUUCGGUGAACGGCGUCAAACUCGCUUUGUCGCAACUCGCUUUGCCGCAAAAAGAAGAUUUAAAAGAAAAAAUCAGAAAGACUUUGUCGCCAAAAAAAAAUUGAAAAGAAAAAAUCAGAAAGAAAAGCAGAGGAAUAGCCCAGCGCGAAAAGUUAAAGUUUUGAAAAAAAUAAUAAAGAAGAAAAAAUUGCCACACGUCGAAACAAGAAAAGGUCCUGGAGCAGGUUCAGCUGCUCAGCCACCUUUGAGCAAGACGUUCCAACAGCAAUUCAAACAGCUUUGCGAGUACGGAAAAAAACGGGACGACGCAGCGUGGGCGAUGGGUCCCACAGCAGGAGCUGCUGCUGCACACGGGGUCGACGUGUCGACGUUAAUACAACCGGCAGAUCCAAUUGAUGAAGCUAGUUUGCAAGCCAAGGUGAUUGGUUUCAUGCAACACCAACACGACAAGCAGGCCGCGGAAGAAAUCCUGAAACGUGCUCGCGAGAGAGCGGAGCUUUUUGGGGGCGGGGAAGAGCUUCGCCUUCGCGUUCUAGCUGGGCCCCACGGGGCCGGCCACGAUGGGGAUCACCUGUGCACCUGUGGGCUGCCCAGGUGGACCGGCGUGAGAAAAAAAAAGGAGCAAGGCGAAGGAGCGCCAGCUUGGCAGUUUGAGUAUGGGACCGCCAUCGGCCAUGUGUGUGCUUGCGGAAUGCCGCACGCGUGUUGCAACCCUGCCAGCCUCGACAAAAUGAACGAGAAUCCGGAGUUCCCGAAAUGGCACCUAGUGCAGCCAGCGGAAGGGCAGAUGCGAAAAGAACUUGCAAGGAGAAGGAGAGAGAAAGCGGGGGUGCACGCCAACUUCGGAGAAGGGAGGGUAUCCCUGGUAACCGACUUCGGAGAAGGCAUCGAGGCAAGGAAAAGGCGGACUGAAGAGGAAAAACGUGCUGACACGCGCGGUGAUGCUUGCUUCGCCUGCCUCACGAACAGUCAUAUCCUGCGCAGAAACGUCCGCUGCUCCUGAAAUCUGGCGCUAAGAAAAUUAAGCAGAAGUUGUGCGAUGAACUCUGCGUGGUGACAAAUUUGGAGACGUAGUUUAUUUUUCCUGCCUGGUAGCUAAGAAAGAGACCGCGGUACGCGCUGAGCAGGUCCAGACUUUACAAAUUCAAAUACAGGGUGUAUCAGUACAAAUUGGCCAGCCCAAGAACAUGAAGCACCACUUCUAAAAAUUCCAAAACUCAUGCUCGUGAAGAAGAUGGAUCUCGAGGGAGCUCCCCUGUCGUGAGACAUUCUGGCUCUCGCUCUAGGCAUGCAGAGUUGCAUGAAAAAUAUGGGGGGGACGUUUUUACUCAGGAUAUCUCGGCACUUUGGCCACCUAGCGAAUGACGCGGCUUCUAAGCUUCUGGUUGACGGGGACGAAAGUGAUGCUGACGGUGCGACGAAACAACAGCAAACUACACACAACCGGUCGAAUAUGAGAGUGCACAUCAACUACUGCCCCUCGUCCACAUCAUUUUUUGCAGUGCAUUUCUAGCAUAGUACAAACAGAUGAAGCCACGACGAGGACCUCAAAAAUGAGAACGCGGUGCUUGAAUGGCCACGAAUCAACAUACAGCUCCAGACAAUAGACGAGCAGUUUAGAAGUUUGCGUUUGGCUAGUUGUACCCAAAAGUUGUUAUCAUGCAAGAAUUUGUUGUCAUGCAAGCAGCACGGCCAAAAGGAGGCUCAACAUACACGAAGCCUUGGCCGUUUUGCGUGACAAAUGAAAGACGAGAGUCGGCGAGGAUGUAGUGCACCCUGAUACCGAAAAAGCGACAGGGGAAACGACCCCGGGACCAAGAGCUACCAGUUGGAAACGCAACCGCUGUUAAAUCCAAAGCGGAAAGAGAGAAACUGCUCGAGGAACAUGACCGGGAGAACACGAAGUCUUUCGCGCUCCGGGACGCGCUAGCGCACUUCGGGAUAUCAAAUGCAAAAAUGUCUGGGUCUGGAAGAUUUCGAGAUUUGUCAUGCAUAUUUUCCAUGAGCCAUGAUGUCUAUGAAGCAUGCCGUAGCAUCACAGAUUUUUAGAGGACUUUGUGAUCCCUCUACCGCAUGAGAAAUGCCCUCUCCGCGUAGCACAAAAUGGAGUCCUCUUGCUGGUAAUGCAAUACAGAUUUUUUUAGAAUCCAGAGACAGCAGCACAAGUUUAGAAUGUUCCAGACCCAGACAUAUUUGCAAGCCAUACGGGAUUCCGGAGUACCACUGGCUCCUGGCGCUGCUGGUCUUCAGUAACGAAAUAUCCCCGCACGUCCAGGUCGCCGGGGACGAUGCGGUGGCUGCUGGUGUUCUCAAGGAGGCGAAGCGGAGAGUCGAGGCGAUUCGCAAACUCUUCGACCGGGAGAUUCUGCUGAACCAGGCAGCACUUCUGGCGGAUCUGCAUUGGGCCAGGGAAAAAGCCGAAAGGGAAGCGAGAGAGAAGAAAAUGCUGCAAUCGCUGCACAAAAUCCAUGAGCUGCAAAAAGCGAGGCAGCUAGCUCAGAUGGGUAUCCACGAUGCAGCAGAUAUUACAAUGUCUUGGCCAUCUUCUGGAAACGAUUGCAUGCAAGAGCAUCAUGUUGUUGACCACAGCUUCUCAUGUUGCAAAAGCGUGUUUAUGUUUUCAAAAUUUUGUUCCACGUCCCCGCGGUAUCAGUACAUCAAAGAAUUCGCUUCUCCUUGCGUGGAAAUAAGAAGUGGGCAGCUUCUGCUUUUGGUGCUUAUGCAAUAUUACGGAUUUUUGUAUGUAGUGAGGUCAUAUGAUCCAUCACAACUACACGACAACCCCUCCAGAGGAUCAUCCAGACGUACAAUUAUUUUUUGCAAUGCAUAGCCGGGCAAGUUCCGCAACUACCCGCGUAUCUUUUCGCCGACGGCGCGGCGGGAACAGCAGCCGGCUCUUGCCCCGACAGACCCGUACUGGACAUUGCAGACACAGCCACCAUCUCGUUUGCGACCUGGAAAAAGAAAUCUGCCAGCGAAGGAACUGACCGCGGUCAGGAAGAGCCUCCAGCUGCAGGACAUCAACCGCAAUCAGGUCGUGGCAGUGAUUGGAGCGUUGAGCUUGGGGUCAGGAUGGGCUCCGUGGAGAAGCGAGCGAUCGCACAGCCGCAGGUGGUUACAGAUACGGUCCGUAACGACCAGCAGGAGCUGAAAUUCGCGGAAUUUCUACAAGCACACGUGAUGCACUUUCCUACGCUGACAAUUCCGGUGGAGAAGCAGGGACGAACUACUUCCUUCGAACUCGAUAUCUACGUAGCUUACUGGCUCGAGGAAGUGCUGAAGCGGACCAAAAUCCGCGUGGAAAAAGGGCCGGACCCAACGGACAUUCAGAACACGUGGGACCUGAACGAUUGGAAUCGCGCCGCCGAGGCCGCAAAGUGCUACGAAAUCGAGAACCCGAUUUUCGAAAAAACGGAGAAAUUGCAGCUCAUGAAGGACUACAUCCAGGAAAAGUCACGCAAGCACCACGAAAAGCGUCGGGUGACGGAGCUGCAAGAUCUGCAUGCCGAGCAGCAGGCGCAGGCGAAAAUAAAGCGGGGCGAACAAGCCGGACUUACACCAAUGAAUGCGGAACAAGCACAAGUACUGAUUCAAUUAUAUGCUGCGAAGGCCUUACAACCCGGCGGCACAAUCACAAAGAGACCUACUACACAAGGUCGUGGGUCUUCAUCAGCUUCUGCAUCUUCAUCUGCAGGAAUUAUACCGCAGCAGUUACUUGCUGCGGCCAGCCCGGCACCAGCGCAACUCGUAAAAAGCGCAACACAAACUAAAUCUUCGCGAAAGCAAGCAGGCAAAGGACCGGCAAGUGGCGGCACGAUGCCGGGAUCUUCGGCUCGAGCUGCGGAAGGUACACCUGCUUCCACUGCAGCACCAGCAGCGGAGCCAAGUCAACCCAGUAGCAAGGAGGAGGUGGACGAGACGCCUGAAAGAGCAAAGACAAGACGACAGAGAGAGCGCAGAGCAGCACUAGCAGUACAGAGGCGAUUGCAAACAGAAACAGAAAAAACGGAACUCCCGCAGCUGUAAGAGACUAGCCCGUUCUCGCUCACAAGUAAAUUGAUGCAUCAGGAUAGCUCGCAAAUCAACUUCAAAACCUCGACGGCGUCCACGUUUUUUUCUGAAGCGUUUUAUGCCAUGAUGUUGAAUGUCACACAGGGUUGACACAGGGAACUAAGACUAACGAAGCUAUAGGUAAGUACAAUUUCCUGUAGUUUCUCGACCUGCUGCGCUAGAAGUUGUUGACGCAUUUUAUUUAUUGCCACUUACUACUUAUCUCUCAGCUUCAUCUCCACCGCAAGGAAGAUGAAGCUUGAAUACGGCUAAAGCAACAAAGUACACACAUACGUUCGACUUCGCAUCUCGUCUGAACAUCGUUGGUUUUGUUCCGGUAAAAGAAUUAUGAUAUUACGUACAACUCACAGUCACAACGCCUUCAAGCUUCCAGCUUAGUACCCUUACCCGUACAAAGGCAGGUAGGACUACACAUGCAGGAGGUCAAGGCCGAUGUAUUGGAGGUUUUAUUUUCUAAGUCGCUACCAGUACCACAGGCGGACGAGAUGAAGAAGUUAAAGUUGGCAAGAACCCGCAUUUGUACUGUUUGUAUGAUUUCCAUUUUAAGAUUAAGUUUAUAUAUUUGUCGUUUUGGCGUCUUUCCAAAUCCAGCAGCUACCUAUUCAAGCGGCGAAAAAGAAUAGGAGUCGAUAAGGGACACUCUAAAGAUGAGCGUCAAAGUCAUCACUUUUCGUUUUGGCUUCUAGUAUAAUUUUGGGAAGAACCAAAUUAAAAUUAAUUGGAUGCAUUGAUGAAGAAUUCCAAAUGGUCAUUGAUUAUGGGCCUUAAGUAGCAAGUGCACACGUUUAUUUUACACCGCGUUCUUUCCCUGAUGAAAUUGACAACUAAAUUAUUUGCACACUUUAAAAAUUUCUCCUGGGUAAGAACAUCAAAAUGAAAAUCGCUAUCGAGACACGCGGACGGGACGAGAGAGAAGGAAGAAACAGAUAGCGCAAUUAGUAAGUAGUUUGUCGUCUCUACUUUCCCUUUUGAUUCCUACCGUUUGUAAAAGUCAAUCUUUCAUAUGACCAAGAGCAUUAUGAGCAAAGGCGAGGAGAUGAGCCAGCAUCUCUCAACAUCACUGUAUAAUUUAUUUGCUACGUGGGAAUAAGUUUUUCCACCAUUGAAAGACCCUGCCUUGACAUGCAAACCCAAACUCAAUCUGUCGAUGUCGAAGUCGUAGAUUGCUAGUGCUGUUACAACAACGUAUCUGCUCCUCUGGGCGAUCAUGAUCUCAGUAUGCAAAAAGCUCAAGAACCGCAAACCAAAACCACCUAAACCUUGCAUAUGUCCCACUGUUGAAAGUCAUAAUUCACUAUCAUUGUUGUUGGAUCUAGUACAGUAACAGUUAAAGGUCGUGGUGCACCCAGAGGAGUAUUCGAGUAGAGCCACGUUUUGAUUUGAUGAAUCAAAAGGAAGAUGCUAUCGCUCUAAUACACAGAAAUGCAGCUAUUUGGAACGAUUUGUCCGAAGCCUAGCGAAGGACGAGAGGGUCGCUGGGACACCUUUUUCUGACAUGAACAACUGCAACCACUACCACUAGCACUACGCCGUUCGCUAUGGCUCGUGUAAAAAUUAUCAAGGAACAUCACUAACGCUAACCCCAAAGGAAGAAGGAAAAAAAGGAAAGGCCAAGGUAUAAGUCUUACUCGCGGGAAGAAGUUGAAGUACUAGAGAAAGAUGACUCCUCGUUAUUUUUUCUGGUACGCAUUUGUUCGGACGUGCUAGCUUUUGUUUGAUAAAGAAAAAAAAACAAUAAGUCUCCGUUUAGAAGUUUCGGACCUAGCGCCUUCGCCACAAGGUGAGAUACAGAAGACAUUUCUAUUUCUUGAGAACACAGUUUGUUAGUUUGCGUUUUCUCACUGCGACUUGCGUUUUUCUUAUUGCGACUUGCGUUUUACUUGAUAUUUGCGCGACCGCGAAGUAGCCUUGUGUUGACGUCUUUUAUUUCCGGCGUUAUUUUUGCGGGAAUGUCGUAUAUACUCGUCUUGGUCUUGCAGCUCUGCUGGAACUUCCGAAUGAUAAAA